GAGCGCCUGCGCAGUAAGCACUUCUUCCAUUGUGUUCCUCGUUCCCGGGUAAGACCUGCCCCGCGACGCUGUGGCUUGCGCUGGAAGAAGCGGAAGAAGAUGGCGCUCACCAGCUUUUUACCUGCGCCCACUCAACUAUCUCAGGACCAACUUGAAGCUGAAGAAAGAGCAAGAUCUCAGAGAUCUCGGCAGACCUCACUGGUCUCCUCUAGAAGGGAGCCUCCCCCAUACGGGUAUCGAAAAGGCUGGAUUCCGCGCUUGUUAGAGGAUUUUGGAGAUGGAGGUGCUUUCCCAGAAAUCCACGUGGCCCAGUAUCCACUGGAUAUGGGGCGAAAGAAGAAAAUGUCAAAUGCACUGGCCAUUCAGGUGGAUCCUGAAGGGAAAAUUAAAUAUGAUGCAAUUGCUCGACAGGGGCAGUCCAAAGACAAGGUCAUUUACAGCAAGUACACUGACCUGGUUCCAAAGGAGGUUAUGAAUGCAGAUGACCCAGACCUGCAAAGGCCUGAUGAAGAGGCUAUUAAAGAGAUAACAGAGAAGACAAGAGUAGCCUUGGAGAAGUCCGUAUCGCAGAAGGUUGCUGCAGCCAUGCCAGUUCGUGCAGCUGACAAGCUGGCCCCUGCUCAGUAUAUCCGCUACACACCAUCUCAGCAAGGAGUAGCCUUCAACUCUGGAGCUAAACAGAGGGUUAUUCGGAUGGUAGAAAUGCAGAAAGACCCAAUGGAGCCACCAAGAUUCAAGAUUAAUAAGAAAAUUCCCCGGGGACCACCAUCUCCUCCUGCACCUGUAAUGCACUCUCCUAGUCGGAAGAUGACCGUGAAGGAACAGCAAGAGUGGAAGAUCCCCCCUUGUAUCUCCAACUGGAAGAACGCAAAGGGUUACACAAUUCCUCUGGAUAAACGGCUGGCUGCUGAUGGAAGAGGACUUCAGACCGUACACAUAAACGAAAAUUUUGCCAAACUAGCUGAAGCUCUAUACAUUGCUGAUCGGAAGGCUCGUGAAGCUGUGGAAAUGCGAGCCCAAGUGGAGAGAAAGAUGGCUCAAAAAGAAAAGGAGAAACAUGAAGAGAAACUUAGAGAAAUGGCCCAGAAAGCCAGAGAGAGGAGAGCUGGGAUCAAAACCCAUGUGGAAAAAGAGGAUGGAGAAGCACGCGAAAGGGAUGAAAUCCGUCAUGACAGGCGAAAAGAGAGACAGCACGACCGGAACCUUUCCAGGGCAGCCCCUGAUAAGAGGUCAAAACUACAGAGAAAUGAAAAUCGAGAUAUCAGUGAAGUCAUUGCUCUUGGUGUGCCCAAUCCUCGCACUUCCAAUGAAGUUCAGUAUGACCAAAGACUCUUCAACCAAACCAAGGGUAUGGACAGUGGAUUUGCAGGUGGAGAAGAUGAAAUUUACAAUGUUUAUGAUCAGGCCUGGAGAGGUGGUAAAGAUAUGGCUCAAAGUAUCUACAGGCCCAGUAAAAAUCUGGACAAGGAUAUGUAUGGUGAUGACCUAGAAACCAGGAUAAAGACCAACAGGUUUGUCCCUGAUAAGGAGUUUUCUGGUUCAGACCGCAGACAGAGAGGCCGAGAGGGACCAGUUCAGUUUGAGGAAGAUCCUUUUGGUUUGGACAAAUUUUUGGAAGAAGCCAAACAGCAUGGUGGUUCUAAAAGACCCUCUGACAGCAGUCGCCCUAAGGAACAUGAACAUGAAGGCAAGAAGCGGAGGAAGGAGUAGAUAGACCUUUCUUCAAAACAAAGGACUCUUAUUCACAGUCCUAAUGAUUCAAGUCAUUGGGAAACCCUUUGUAAAUGAUCAGGACAAAAACCAAAUCUGGGCAAUAGAUCCCAGCACUACUUUUUAUUCCAGGAAAUGGGGGUUGAAUAUUCUACUUUGGAUUCAUUUUUUUUUUUUUUUAAAGAAUGGGUUAUGUUUGUGCUUCUCCCAUCAUGCAGCACUUAUAGGAAAUACUGCCCCAUACAGAAUUAAGACCACUUUCUCGUAUGUGACACUUACUAAUCCAGGGGUAAUAUUUUGUGUAAGAACUUUAUGAAUAAAAUUACUCCAAAAUGUCCA